AUGCUCAAGAGGAAGCUUGGAACUCGACUUUUCGUGGGUCCAACUUUGGUUCUGGUUCAGCAGCGACCGACGCCGGCAAACACGUGUGCUCGACGACUUUGCUGCAAGAGCAGGGAGCCCGCUGCGCGGCGACACUGCAAAGUGACGCUGGCUCUGAGCGAGCACCCUCUACGCCAGACAUUGUUUUCUGGCGAUAUGCGGACCAGCACUGCCUCAGGGAACAACCCAGCUCGCCAAACGGUACAGUUGGUACACCGUUUACAGAGGCUUUUCGUUUCGAUCCGGAGCGCUGUCCGAGCGCCACUGCUUUCGCGAACAGACGGCACUUCGGACCUGGAGCGGUUGCGCCCGCAACAGUCGGUUCUGGCCAGUAAGGAGCGUGGAGAGCUGCACGUGAGCUGCCUAUCAUCGACUGCGUGUUCGCCGAGCAACACCGACGACACUGCUGGUCACGACUGCGACAUCGGGCGCACCCGCGAAGCUGAUCAACGCUGGGGUGUGGCUGCGCCGCUGACCGAGGUGACAGCAGCCAGUUCCGAGUUUCAAUACAGGUCCUCGGAGGAGCAACUCCAGAGCUCGGGGAGAGCGCAUCGGUCCCGCGUAGUCCUACUCUGUGGCAUUCCUGGAUCGGGAAAGUCGACAUUCGCGAAACUCGUGUUAAAACACGGAGGUGAAAACUGGGUACGAGUCAGCCAGGAUGAUCUCGGAUCUCGGCAGGAGUGUGAGCGCAUGAUGCAGGAGGCGCUCACGUCUGAUCCUCCUCGCCACGUCAUUGUCGACCGGUGCAACGUGGAUAGCGCACAACGAGCGGUCUGGAUAGCGAUUGCAGCGCAAGCGAAUGCCUACCCCGUAGGCGUUCUCGUUUUCCCGGUUCCACUGGAUGAAUGCAUACGGAGAGUGCUUUUGCGGGGACCCAAUCACCCGACUCUUUUUGAAAGCACCGAGAACGAUGUGGUGAAAGUGGUGACGUCGUUUGCAGGCAAAUGGGAAAAUCCGUCACCUGGUGAAGGAAUCGGUUUCUGUCGAAUCGUUGCAUCGCCAGCGGAUGAAGAGCGCGUCAUGGCGGAGCUCCUUUGCUGA